UGAGAGAGAGAGAGAGAGAGAGAGAGAGAGAGAGAGAGAGGAGCGCUCUUAGAAACAGAAAGGUACACAGAGAAGAGAGUGGACGACAGAAGCUUAAGAGAAGCAGAAAGAGGACGGUGGCUCCUAAGCAUCUCCUGCGCACCUUUUCAUUGCUACACGCUCACGGAUCAUAAAAGUCUACACUUUACUUUAUCUUCCUCGAGUUUGUUCCAGAGAGAGAUUACAACUUUUAUAAAAGAGGCUUUUUGUUCAUUUUUUUUUUUUUUUUGAGUUGAGAGAGACGCGAUUCCUGGAAGACUUUUCGUUCAUCCCCCCCCCCAAAACCAAGUCUUUCCAUCCCUUCGAGAAGUUUUAAAAAGCAAAGCCCUUGUUAGUUCCAGGGCUCGGCUUCACUUUUUCCACGUGUCCCACGGUGUCACAGCUUCUGACAUAAACGUGUCACCUUGAGAUUUUUUUUUUUUUUUUGCCUGCCUUCAAAUUUCAGACUUCAUUUUAAGUCACUGACCCACAAACGAGACCAAAGAUGAGAUUUCAAACAUCAGGACAGUCCCCAGUCUUGAGUGAUUGUUGUUCUAAAUGCUUAAAUCACUAAAACAAAGUGAGUUUUAAUGGUUUUAUUUUUUCACUUUACAAGCUGAGUAGUGAUACUGAAGAUACGGGGGGAGCCUGGCAGCUCCGCUCACCUGUAGCAUCUCCUCAAGCUCCGCAGAAACUUUGACUUGCACUUUUUUUUACGCACAGAAACGCCACUUGUGACUAUUUCAAGAUAGAGAUCCACACUAUCUAAAAGAAAGAAUUGCACUCCACACAGUUCAUUCAUUCUGACAACACAACCGACUUGGCUUUGGAGUGCGUAAAGGAGCAUUGCGGUUUUUUUUACGCAGAACGAACUUGAAAAUCAAGCUUUUGAAAUUACCCGGGGGAUCCAGAUCUACACUUUUUUUUUGUCACGAAUACAAAGUGUAAAGAAACUUCCGCUGUCCAGAGCCCCAGACAGACCGCCGGGCUCUCCAUCACCAUGCUGUUCGACACUUUCGACCUCAUCUCGGCUCUGGCCACUCUGGCCGCCUGCCUGGUGUCCAUGGUCCUGCUCCUCGCCGUCUCCCAGCAGCUGUGGCAGCUCAGAUGGACGGCCACGCGGGAUAAAAACUGCAAGCUGCCCAUGCCCAAAGGAUCCAUGGGCUUCCCCUUCAUCGGCGAGACCUGCCACUGGCUCCUGCAGGGUUCGGGCUUCCACGCAUCACGGAGGCAGAAGUACGGCAACGUGUUCAAGACCCACCUGCUGGGCCGCCCUCUGAUCCGGGUGACGGGCGCGGAGAACGUGCGCAAAGUGCUGAUGGGCGAGCACACGCUGGUGACGGUAGACUGGCCUCAGAGCACCGCCACGCUGCUGGGACCCAACUCACUGGCCAACAGCAUCGGAGACAUCCACCGCAAGAGGAGAAAGGUGUUUGCCAAAGUGUUCAGCCACGAGGCCUUGGAGUCCUACCUCCCGAAAAUCCAGCAGGUCAUCCAGGAGAGCCUCCGAGUAUGGAGCUCCAACCCUGAGCCUAUCAAUGUCUACAGGGAGAGCCAGAGGUUGUCGUUCACCAUGGCUGUGAGGGUGCUGCUGGGAUUCAGGGUGUCAGAGGAGGAGAUGAGGCAUCUGUUCUCCACCUUCCAGGACUUUGUGGACAACCUGUUCAGUCUGCCUAUAGACCUGCCGUUUAGUGGCUACAGGAAGGGUAUUCGUGCACGAGACACCCUGCAGAAAAGCAUAGAGAAAGCCAUCAGGGAGAAGCCGUGUUCCCAGGGGAAGGAUUACAGCGACGCGCUGGACGUCCUGAUGGAGAGUGCCAAAGAGAACGGCACCGAGCUCACCAUGCAGGAACUGAAGGAGUCGACUAUCGAGCUGAUCUUUGCCGCCUUCGCCACCACGGCCAGUGCAAGCACCUCACUCAUCAUGCAGCUCCUUCGCCACCCUGCUGUGCUGGAGCGCCUGAGGGAGGAACUGAGAGCCAGGGGUCUCCUCCACAAUGGCUGCCUUAUGCCAGGAGAGCUGAGACUGGACACCAUCGUGAGCCUUAAGUACCUGGACUGUGUCAUCAAGGAGGUGCUGAGACUCUUUACGCCCGUCUCAGGGGCAUACCGAACCGCCAUGCAGACUUUCGAACUCGACGGAGUUCAAAUUCCAAAGGGCUGGAGUGUGAUGUACAGCAUUCGGGACACCCACGACACUGCCGCUGUCUUUAAGGAUGUGGAUGCCUUUGACCCUGACCGCUUCAGUCAAGAGCGGGGAGAAGACAAAGAGGGACGCUUCCACUAUCUGCCCUUUGGCGGUGGUGUCCGGUCCUGUCUGGGCAAGCAGCUCGCCACCCUCUUCCUUCGCAUCCUGGCUAUUGAGCUGGCCAGCACCAGCCGCUUUGAGCUGGCAACCCGGCAGUUCCCCCGCGUGGUCACGGUACCCGUGGUCCACCCUGUCGACGGGCUGAAAGUCAAGUUCUACGGCUUGGACUCCAACCAGAACGAGAUCAUGGCCAAGUCGGAAGAGCUGCUGGGAGCGACUGUUUGAAGGGCAGAGAGUUGAUGAGUAAGGAUGGGGGGGCAGGUGGGUUGGGGUUGGGGUAGUGAUGGAAGAAGUCUUUAGGGAGAAGAUUGAAGAAAGGACAGAAAGAAUUUCAGAGUUAUUUUUUCUUCUCCACCUUUGCUCUGUCAAGUUGGAGGUUCCUUUUCAGACUAAAAGAAAAGCAGAAGUCUUCAUAUCUUGUUAUGAUCGGGACUUUCCUCUGAAAAAAGGAAGAAGCUGCCAAAAAAGUUCUUAAUUUUGCUCUAUUCUGUGUAUUUUUUAAAGAAAUAUACAAACAAAAUGUAUGUAUAAAAAAGCUAUGUAAUAUAAUUUGGAAGAGAAUGUGGGUAGUGCACAAUGGGAGAAAGAGAAGUAUGGUGGUACUUUUGGUGAAAUGAAGGGUUGAAUUUGGAAAAGUAAAAGUAAAGACGGUUGCGGAAAGAAGGCAAGAUGGAUGAAACAGGGUAUAGGAUGAAAGAAUAUGAUAUUUUAGCAUUUUGUUUGUGCUUAAUCAAAUGCAUUGAACCAUUUCAGUUGUCUACCAGGGUAAAAUAGAUGGAUAUAAAGACUUAAGAGUUCUAGAUCUUCUGGUCAAAUAUGUUAAAUUUUGAGCCAGAGUUCUUCAAGGCUUCAUCCAGAUUCAACUCAUGUUUUCUGCUUAUUUGAGAAAGAUUGAAAGAAGAAUGACAAGCAUCAGUGGUGGCAUUGUGUUUUCCAUCCAAGGUCCAUCAAGAUUCAAACUGUUUACUGGCUUACAGAUGCAGUCAAAGGGAUCAUAGCACAUUACGUAGCAGGUUGCGGCACACUGUGUUGCUGAGCUUGUCAGAUUGGCUCUGCACCGUUACUUCGAGCCAACUAUAUCAUGAUGCAGUAAAUAAUUUGAACCGUCAACAUUUGUACUAAUUAUGGUCAAAUAUCAAUUCAGGCAGUGAAGGAAAGGGCUUAGAAAUGAGGGGGGAAGGUAUUCUGGCUGCAUAUUUUAAUGGGUGGAACACAACAUUUUGAAUGGAUGUAAAUGGGCAAUUUGUUCAUGUUCUUAAGACCUCCUUUCUAGCUGUUUUCUUCACAAAGCUGCCUCUACAUUUUGUGAUCCUCUUUGAUUUUUCCAUAGCACUUCCAUGCAUGCAUGCAUGCUUCAGUUCUCAAAUGACCAACAUUAUAAAAAAAAAAAAAAAAAAAUAGAAUAGACAUGAAGGGUAAGAACUGCCGAACCUUUCCCUCAGUUCCAGCUACCCACUGGUUGCUCAUAUGUAUUGUCCAUACUGUAUAUAGGCCUACAGCAUAUCACAGUAAGCUUGGUGAUGUGUGAACUCAGGUGCAGAGUAGACAUUGUGGUGAAUAAUGAAUAAGCCUUUGCUUUUUGAUAUUUAACCUUGACUGACUGCACAUAAAUAAUGUCACUUACUCACUAUUGUAGUUUCAGAGCUGGACCGAUUACUUUUUGAAAAGCUUUCAAUUACUUUGCCUUCCUUCCACAUAAACUAAAAGAUAUCAGGGGUUUCCAAAAAACGCUUGCUCUCACUUGAGACAUACCCUUAUGCAACCAUUUUGUAUCCCCCCAGAAGAAAGCAAUUUUGGUGUUGUAAGCAGAAUCAAGCAACAUGAACUCGCAAUUGGCAUCACACAAGAAAAAAGUAACAAAGUCAAUAAGUAAUGAGGUCCAGGUCUGCUUUGUAAACUCUCUGAACCUGUGCUUUGAUACAUAAACUACACUUUUAAGUUGCAUUGAGAUUGUACUCUCUCGGACGGCGACUAUAUCCAGCAACAAGGAUACGAUUAAGAACUCGCUCUCGUGAAGUGGCGAGCCGUCCUGAAGCUGGAGGGGGAGAAAAGUCAGAGGGAUAAGGUGGAGAUGGAGAGGAGAAGACCUACAUACAUGCUGCUUGAGUGUUGCUUUGUCAUUCUGUGUCUGUUUAUGUGUGUGCUGUUUUUAUUGUUCCUGUCUCCUUGGGGCAGCCAUUUUGAGUUCUGUGGAGAAGGUGACAUUUUUUCUUGCUGCUCCUCCAAUCAACGCUAAGAAUGCAAAAACAUAAAUUCCAUGGUGUAAGCAACUUUAUUAGCUAUAAGAGAUUUAUUGUUUGAGGUGAUUGCACAAUCAGAACUCUCAGAGCUUUGUGUCUUCCAUGAUUAGAGAGGAAAGCUUCUGCAACGGAACUCCGGGACUUUCUAGCGGAACUCUUGGACAUUUUAAAAUCCCCGGAUAGGGUUCUAAGUUCCAUACCGAAGCUUAAGAGAGAAGGACCAAUGAGGUUUCAGGGGAGGGCAGGGUUGCUCGCACUCUGAGGGCUUUUCUUAUUGGACGAUCUUGUUGUCCAAUAGCAUUACAGAUGGAUUCUGCCAGUGCUAGACAUUGUUCACUCUUUCUACCAACCACACCACUGAUUUCUUCAUGAUAAAAAAUUAUAUAAAAAUAGAUUUUUUUUGCUGCUUUUCUUGUGUACAUUUUCUAAUUGAGAGUUCUAGAUUGCAAUAGUUUGUAUCGAGUGAGAUUUGCUAUUUCUUCCCCUUUUUUAUAUAUAUAUAAUUUAGCUGAUUAAAAUAUUUGCCUUUUGUGAAAGCAAAAAGCAUUCAUAGAUUAUAGUGUAUAUUCAUUUGUACAAUAUUCAUUUCUUUAGCAAGCCAUGGGAAAAAGCAGCUAUUUACGUCUACUAAUAACCUAAUAUUAAUGUUAUUGUACGAUUAAUAUUGUUGUUAUAAGAUAUUUGAAAUGCUAAUUUUUAUUCUAUUACAGAUUUAGAGGUUUUAGCCUAAAUGGGAAGGUCUUUGGUAAAUAUUGGAUGUAUUUAGAAUGUUAUGUAUUUCAGUUAUAUUGUAAACAGUGUUUAAAAUGUUAAUAUUGUUGAUUUGAUGUAAUAAAUAUUAUUUGUUUCGUUAUUCAGACUUAUUAUCACUGCAUUUUAUUUGAUAUUAAUUAUGGAAAACAGAAAGCACUUGCGAGGUAUGUCUAUUUUUUAAGUGCCAUGCGACUACAUUUUCCCCUCUCACCUGUUGGUUUCUCUGAAUCUGUCUUAUGUCAUUCUGUACAUAAUAUUUCUAUUUCUUUUUACGGGAAAAAUGUUCAUUUAGUUUAAUAUGAAUGUCUUGUUCGACUUUCUUUCUUUCCAGUUUUUGUUACCGUGAUUGUUAAAUGUACUCCUGUAAUAAACUACAAAGUAAAAA